AUGGGCUCUAGAGCAACUAAUUAUAACUGGCUGUCUAGAAGCCCUUCUAUUUCUUGGGACUGGGUUUGUAAAUCCAAAGAGGUGGGUGGUCUUAGUAUCAGAAAUUGUAGUCUUUGGAACAAGGCAGCUCUGGGGAAGUAUGUCUGGAAGAUUGCAAAAAAGGAAGAUUCCUUGUGGGUUAGGUGGGUUCACUCGGUCUAUUUGAAGGACCAGAAUUGGUGGACUUAUAAGCCUAAAGCUACUGCAGGUUGGGCUUGGAAAAAGCUCUGCAAGAUUAAGGAUGAGAUGCAUUCUGGUUUUGUGGAGAAGGAUUGGUUACAGAAUCCCUAUAGCAUUUCUGAAGUUUAUGACUGGUUGCAAGGUUCUAGCCCAAGAGUUGAUUGGAAUACCUGGAUCUGGAAUAAGUUCAAUUCUCCCAUGCAUGCUUUCAUCUCUUGGCUUGCAGUCCAUAAUAGACUCAAAACAAGAGAUAAACUUGAGAGGUUUGGCAUUUGUGUUGACAACAGGUGCUUGCUGUGUGGAAGUGCUACUGAGAAUAGAAGCUGUUUGUUCUUUGACUGUCCUUAUAGUAGGAGGUGUAUUGAUAAGAUUGCAGAUUGGCUGGGGAUCAGGAAUACGUAUUACAGCAUAGACGAGGUUUGGAAGCAGUGGAGCAGGCAGUUGAAAGACCCCAUUUGCAGGAAAGUUGGACUGGCUGCUUUGACCUCUGUUGUGUACCACCUAUGGUUUUCUAGGAACCAUACUUUUUGGCAGAAAGCUGUUUUUCAUCCAAGAAUUUUAUGUAAAGGGAUUUGUAUAGAAACAGUUGAUAGAUGUAGACAGCUCAUCACUUGUAAAUGGACUAGGAAGCAUUGUAAAUGGUUUUUUAGCCUUAGUGCUCUUAUACAUUGA